CUUUCUAGUUUCUACCUCUCUCUCUCUCUCUCUAAACAUUCAAGACCAAACCUUCUAUAUUUUCAACAUUGCCCUUCGGAUAUAUAAAUCCCUUGGAAAAAUUAAAAGAAAGUUGGAAAACGGGGGAUUCGUGGGACACUAGCCUACGACCCAGCCGAAUACUACGAAUUAGAUGAUAAAAUAAAAUUUGUCUACCGAAUCUACCCUUCUCCCUGUGGCUUCUCUUCUCUUGUGAGCACCUUCCCAAUUUCAGCUUCCUUUUAGGUUUUUGCCUCUUUUUUUUUUGGUUUGUCAAGUUAUUAUUUGUUGGGUUCUUGAUCGCUUUUAUUAAUUUCCACCAUUAUUUUGACCGUUUCUUAGACAGCAAUUUGGAAAUUUCUGAUGCCUGGAUUGAUUUCUUGAAAUCCUGCACUGGGUUGGGGGUUAGGGUUUUAUCAUCUAAUGCUCUUUGCUUUUUUUUUUUAAUCGAGACUACGAUGAUGAUGAAUUGUGGGUGAGACUGAGUCAUAGUUGGGAUAUCCAAUUUGUUUCUGCUCUUCGGUGUAAAUUCUUGAACGAUUGUUCGUCCGAAGAAGAAACAGGAGGAAGAAAGUAAAUUCUGGAAAAUUUCGUAAUAAAGUAGAAAAUAUGUGGCCUAUCUAGGUGAUGGAGUUUCGAUUAGGGUUAGGGUUAGAUAUUUAGAUCUGCUAUAAUCAGCUUGAAUCUUUUCCAUCCUUCUUCUUGAGUUGGUACAUCUGCAAAGAGCUAUCUAUUCUGUUUGGCUGGUUCACAAUCUGGGGAAGCUUUCGAUUCAGCUGCUUUGACUGGAACCCAGGAAAUAUCUGGGAUCACCAUACUGUAGAUGGGAACUGAACUCAUGAGAGUCUGUGUUAAGGAAGAGAAUGAAGAAGUUCCUGCAGUUCCUCCUGGAUUCGAGUCAUUCGCCCCAUUUUCCUUGAAGAGGAUAGAAGAUGGGGGGAAGAGGGGAAGCCCAGAUGGUGUUAGCUGUUUAGAUAUUGCCAGAACUUCUGGGCUGCAGUCAGUGCAAGUAAAACCAGAGCCUUGUACAAUUGAUACAGCAGCAGAGCAUGUUAGUCGAAUUGCAGUAAGCACUUCAGCCUCAACAAGUGUCAGUGGAUCGCAAUCCAUUCAGGUGAAAACUGAACCUCUAAAUAGUGAUGCCAAUAAAAUCACGAAGUCUCUUAGGCGUAAGCCUUGGAUAAAUCAUGGGCAUUCAGAUCGCUGUACAGAUGAUGAUCCUGGCGGCGUGGACGUUAAUCUGAAUCCCGAUAUAAGGACUUGUCUCCCUAAGGGUGUUGUUCGCGGCUGCCCACAAUGCAAGGAUUGCCAAAAGGUUACAGCCAGAUGGCGUCCUGAAUAUGCUCACAGGCCUGAUCUUGAGGAAGCUCCUGUGUUCUACCCUACAGAAGAAGAGUUUGAAGAUACCCUGAAGUAUAUAGCUAGUAUACGGCUUAAAGCUGAACCUUAUGGUAUCUGUCGGAUUGUCCCGCCUCCUUCAUGGAAACCUCCCUGUCCCCUCAAGGAAAAGAGUAUAUGGGAGGGCUCCAAAUUUAUAACUCGUGUUCAGAGAGUUGACAAACUACAAAAUCGAGGUUCUAUGAAAAAGUUAUCCAAGUUCAAUAAUCACACCAGGAAGAAAAGGAGAAUGUGUAUGAGAAUGACAGUAGAUUGUGGGCCUGAUGUUGGGAGUAUAUCCGAGUCUGGUGAUACUUCUGCGGUCGGCUUGGCUGAGACAUUUGGGUUUGAUCCUGGUCCAGAAUUUGAUCUGAGUACAUUUCAGAAGUAUGCAGAUGAUUUCAAGGCCCAGUACUUCAGGAAGGAUGCAGAUCUUGCAAACAAAUCAUCCUUUGUAAAUUGGGAGCCUACGGUGGAGAAUGUUGAGGGUGAAUAUUGGAGAAUCAUAGAGAAGGCUACUGAAGAAAUCGAGGUUCUGUAUGGAGCUGAUCUUGAAACUGGCGUUUUCGGUAGUGGGUUUCCCAAAAUGUCUGGUGAAGUUGGUUCUGCAGUGCAGGACCAGUAUAGUAAAUCAGGCUGGAACUUGAAUAACUUCCCAAGGCUGUCUGGAUCUGUCCUGUCUUAUGAAAGUGGUGAUAUUACUGGUGUACUAGUUCCUUGGCUAUACAUUGGCAUGUGCUUUUCGUCCUUUUGUUGGCAUGUUGAGGAUCAUCACUUGUAUUCACUUAAUUAUAUGCAUUGGGGUGCUCCAAAAAUGUGGUAUGGAGUACCUGGCAAGGAUGCUGUAAAAUUGGAAGAGGCGAUGAGAAAGCAUUUGCCUGAUCUCUUUGACGAACAGCCUGAUCUGCUUCAUAAGCUAGUGACGCAGCUUUCACCAUCGAUACUAAAAUCUGAAGGUGUCCCAGUUUAUCGCUGUGCACAGAAUGCUGGAGAGUUUGUUUUGACCUUUCCUCGGGCAUACCAUGCUGGUUUUAAUAGCGGUUUCAAUUGUGCGGAGGCUGUAAAUGUAGCCCCUGUUGACUGGUUGCCCCAUGGACAGAUUGCGGUAGAGCUUUACCGUGAUCAAGGACGACGGACAUCCAUUUCGCACGAUAAACUACUGUUAGGAGCUGCAAGGGAAGCAGUGAAAGCUCAGUGGCAACUCAAUUUACUGAAGCGGAACACUGCAGAUAACUUAAGGUGGAAAGAAGUUUGCGGAAAGGAUGGAAUAUUAGCUAAAGCACUUAAGACACGCCUGGAGAUGGAGCGGACAAGGAGGGCGAUCCUCUGCAAGUCGUCGCAGACACUUAAGAUGGCCAGCAACUUUGAUGCAACUUGUGAAAGGGAAUGCACCUUUUGCCUCUUUGAUUUACACCUCUCUGCGGCAGGAUGCCGGUGUUCUCCAGACAGGUACACAUGUUUGAAUCAUGCGAAUCAGCUGUGCUCAUGCGCUCCAGGUGCCAGAUAUUUCCUCUUUCGCUAUGAAAUCAGUGAAUUGGAUAUCCUUGUGGAGGCAUUGGAAGGAAAAUUGAGCGCAGUGUACAGGUGGGCAAGAUCGGAUCUUGGUCUAGCCCUCACUUCUCCUGCUGCUGGUAGGAAGAGCAUUCAAGAUGGUAAGGUGUCUCAUUUUCCCGAAGCAUCAUUGUUAGUUAAAGGGAUGAAUUCACAAUCAGCGAAGGAUUUCGUGAAGGAGACCAAGGAGAAAGGGAUCUCUAAUGAUGUCACAUUGGCAUCAGCUAGAAUUCUUGGUGAUUCAACUUCAGAUCACCAACAGAGACUACCUGAAACUGUAUCUGGCAAAGAUGUGAAGGCAUCAUCAGCAUCCUGCAGUCCUCAAGCAAUGGAGAAGGGAGUCAUCAGAUUAACCUUGAGAAAAAGACCCAGUAUUUUGUCUACAGAAGCAAAUAUGUCUAUACCAGGUUUAACCAUGCAAGAGGUGUCCUGUCCUGUGGAUGUUUCAGGGAAGUCUGAAGCACGAAAAUCCUCGAAUUUGGUUCACGAUGAAGUUAUUUUUCUUAGUGAUGAUGAGGGGGUUACUCCAAAAAAGGAAGUUCUGGAAAGAGCCAAGGGGAAAGAAGACUUUCGCACUAAGCAUUCGGACCUCUCUGAUAAGCUAUCUUGUUCAGGUGAUAGCCCAUGUAACGACCAUGACUCUCCCAAUGCUGCUGCUGCACCUGUUGUGAGAAAGGGCUCCAUUUGCUCAUCCUCCAAUAAUAGUCAAAGUUUAAGCAGUGCUGCUGUGACGGUGAAGGAAGAAGAGUCUCAUCAAAGCCCUGGGGCAGUUUUGGAAUCUUAUAAUCAACCUAAUAGUUGUCUAAUUGGUUCAAGCACUACAGGAUUUGGUAGGGGUAUUGUGGAUUCUCUCCAUUCAAGUGAAACAACCUGUAAUGGUGACAAUAUAGGAGAUGCUGGAAGCCGGCAGCCGAAUCAAUAUAGCCAUGGAAAAUCUAGCUAUGAAGAUAGGAUGAUGGGGAUAAGUGCAACUUCUAGUCCUAUGGACUUGACUAAGACUACAACAGUGAGUCCAUCUUGCUUGCAGAGUAAUUUGGAUCGUUGUUUGCGCCAGAAGGGCCCCCGUAUUGCUAAGGUCGUGCGCAGAAUAAAUUGCAAUGUCGAGCCUCAGGAGUUUGGAGUUGUUCUUUCUGGGAAUACUUGGUGUAACAGUCAGGCAAUUUUUCCCAAAGGAUAUAGGAGCCGGGUUAAGUAUAUCAGUGUCUUGGAUCCAACGAGUAUGUGUUACUAUGUCUCUGAAAUCCUGGAUUCUGGAAGAAAUGGACCAUUGUUUAUGGUGUCCCUUGAGCAGUGUCCAGCGGAGGUAUUCGUUCACAUUUCGGCUACCCGAUGUUGGGAAAUGGUGAGAGAGAGGGUGAAUCAAGAGAUAACAAAGCAGUAUAAAAUGGGUAAACCAAAUCUUGCUCCCUUACAACCUCCCGGGAGCCUAGAUGGCUUCGAAAUGUUUGGGUUCUCAUCCCCUACAAUCGUCCAGGCAAUCGAAGCAUUGGACCAUGACAGAGUUUGUACAGAGUAUUGGGACUCGAGGCCCUAUUCGCGGCCGCAAGGGCAGAUACCACGUCAUUCUCUAAGUCAACCAGCCCAGAAACCAAGUAACGGGGGAGCUGAUGGUGAGGUAGAUGAGAUACUGAGAGGGGUAUUCAAGAAGGCAGACCCCGAGGAACUAAGCAAACUCAAUCGUCUUUUGAAUCAAAUGACGCCGCCGACUUCUGAUAAUCGAGACUUAUUAACCAAACUUGUUAAUGAAGAGAUUCAAAACCGUUCCAAUGGGAGGUAAUUUUGAUUGAUGAAUCAGGUCUUGUUCGUGAGCAUUUUCAGAGGAGGCCGAGGAUGUGACAGCGACCCGUUUGUAGCGUUGUAGGGUUCUUUUCUUUUGUUCUUUCUCCUUCUUUUGGCUGACUGUAAAUACACAUCUCGCCUUUCCAACUCAUACGGGCUCAAUUCAUUUCUUCCAUUGAAACACGGUUUUCUUCCACCGGUGGCAAAUUUCAAGAGGAGACAAAGCACAUCCAGAUUGAAAGUUUCCGUUUUGAGGGCCACACGCCCACACCGCAGGAUUUUAGACCAUUCACACGGUGCUAUGUUGACUGAUCCUUUCUCAAGUAGAUCAUUGCCAACGUCUUUGGUGUUCUGUUCAGACUUCAGAAAAAUUACCUCCUGCCAUUCUACUGCUCUAUUGGAGAUGGGAGGUGGAUUUAUCAGAAAAUGAAAUUUGGAACUCAUUUAAACAAGA